AUGAACAAAGAGGAGGUCCCCACCAGCUGCCCCUCUCUUGGUCCACUCUGUUCAGUUCUCCGACUUCUCGUGGCUCACCGCCUUCUUGAUUCCUUAGCUUCAAAGUUUGACUUCUCCAUCACGCAAUUCACGAGUACUGUACAAGUAGAAGACAAAACUUGUACAUUUCUCCCUUACAUCACGUAA